GUACAGUACAGGACUGUACCAGCGUCGCUCGAGUCCACACGUACACGAGCAGAGGCUCGAUUGCGGCCGCUGGGCGAGAUUGCGAUCGAGCUCUCGCUUGCUUGCUCGCGGGCCCUUAUUUAUAACCUGCGCCCGAGGAUCAGUUCGCGAGCCCGUGGUCGCUCUCUGACUCUUAUCCUGUUCCCCAUUUGACGGACCGAGUGUCUGACACCGAAAGGAUGCUUGCAGAUUCGCCUUCGAUUUGCGCGAGAGCCGUCGAGAGAGGCCGAGAUUAGCACGGUCGGAGCGAUCGGCACUGUCACCCCGGUGAGUUCUCCUCUACAUCAGCAUGUCAGUCCAGGAUUUCUUUCACGUACGUCGAGUGCAAUUCGUCGUCGCUGCUUUGACUAGAAAUUUCUCAUGAUACAGCGCCGCUCUCUGACCAUGCGCGAAAAGGGAGAGAGUGAGAGAGGGAGAAAGAGCAAGAGAGUGCAGAGUUGUGAUUUGGACGAGUCGAAGAGGAGGAGGGUGAGGGAAGAGGCGGUGCAGUAAUGGUGGACUCGAAGGAGGCCGAUGCCGAGGUCGAGGCAGAGGCAAAGGCAGCGUCUUGCUGUGGAGGAGUGAAAGGGCCCGGCUUCUCGAGCCCUAAAGAAGCGCAGCAUGGACCUCGUGAGAAAAUCGUCUACAUUACCGGAAUCUACACCGGGACGGGAAUUGAGAAGCCCGACUAUCUGGCCACAGUGGACGUGGAUCCAGACUCCGCCACCUUCAGCCGAGUGAUCCACCGGCUGCCAGUGAACCACUUGAGCGAUGAGUUGCACCACAGCGGUUGGAAUGCCUGCAGCUCCUGUCAUUCCGACUCUUCGGUCCAGCGCCGCUUCCUCGUCCUCCCUUCGCUCGUUUCGAGCCGAAUCUACAUUAUCGACACGAUCACGGAUCCUUUGAAACCGUCUCUGCACAAGGUGGUUGAGCCGGAAGAGAUUCUCGAGAAGACCGGGCUAGCGUUUCCCCACACUGCCCACUGCUUGGCCAAUGGUGACAUCAUGGUGUCGUGCAUGGGCGACAAGGAGGGCCGUGCUGAAGGGUCAGGCUUCCUUCUGCUGGACUCGGAUUUCAAGGUCAAAGGAAGAUGGGAGCAGGAAGGACAUAGCCCGCCGUUCGGAUAUGAUUUCUGGUAUCAGCCUCGGCAUAAGACUAUGAUCAGUUCAUCAUGGGGAGCACCCAGUGCCUUCACGAAGGGAUUCAAUCCAGCUCACGUGGCCGAAGGUCUUUACGGCAAGCAGUUGUUUGUGUACGACUGGCCGGGAGGCAAGCUGAAGCAGACUAUGGAUCUGGGAAACACCGGGCUCAUCCCUCUGGAGAUUCGAUUCCUGCACGAUCCUAGCCAGGCCAUUGGGUUCGUCGGAUGCGCUUUGAGUAGCACUAUGGUGCGAUUCUUCAAGAAGGAUGACGACUCCUGGGACCAUGAGGUUGUGAUUUCUGUACCGAAUCUGAAAGUAAAGAAUUGGAUCUUGCCGGAAAUGCCUGGACUUAUUACGGAUUUUUUGAUUUCCUUGGACGAUCGAUUUCUGUAUUUCUCGAACUGGCUUCAUGGGGACAUCAGACAAUAUAACAUCGAAGAUCCCAGUAAGCCUGUCCUCACAGGCCAAGUCUGGGUCGGUGGUCUUUUCGGUGAAGGCAGCGAUGUGUAUGUGGUGGAAGAGGAUGGAGGCCUUCGGCAGUCUGACAUUCCAAAAGUUCAAGGAAAGAAAUUAAGAGGAGGUCCGCAAAUGAUUCAGCUGAGCUUGGAUGGAACAAGACUGUAUGCAAGCAAUUCUUUGUUUAGCGCCUGGGAUAAUCAAUUCUACCCCAAUAUGGCGAAAGAAGGCUCUCAUAUCCUUCUCAUCGACGUGGAUAAUAGAAACGGUGGACUGUCAAUAAAUAAAGAUUUUUUUGUAGACUUUGGAGACGAGCCAGACGGACCAGCUUUGGCACACGAAAUGAGGUACCCCGGAGGUGACUGCACGUCCGAUAUCUGGGUUUGAUAUCGAAAAAGGUUCAUGCUACAAGAGUUUAUGCAAGUUCUAAAUGUGUAGCAUAUAGCAUGUAUAUACAGCGUAUAUAGGUAGUAGUUUGUACAAUGUGGACAGCCCCUAACACAGAUGUACAAGUCAACGGAAUUAAAUCCCUCGGAGAGAUCUUAAUGCACUGUCUUUAUAUUAUUUGUUUACAAAGUUCUCGUUAGUCGAGAUUUGGGAUUCGUAACGACGUCGAUACACAUCUUAUAUUCCUAUGAAUGUGACCGAAAGUAAAGUUCGCUCCGUCGACACGUGUUUG